AUGUCAGUCAAUCAAAACACGCCGAACAACAAGCAAACGAAAAGCAAGAGAGCACAAAUGACUCGGCCUUCAAGUGGUCUAAUCGACUCUGAAUUCUUGAUGGGGUUCCGAUCGGACGUCGAAAACGACUCAUCACCCACGUACAAAAUACGUUUGUAUAAUUUGUUUAGACAGAUAGAGAAGGAAUUCGAUUUACUGUAUCAAGAGAAUCAAAGUUUGCAUGAAAAAAUCGAAAUACUAAACGAAAAAUUAGAAAGAGAUACCUAUGAUAAACCAGACUGUGUUGACUUUGAUAGUAACCUUUCUAAAGUAUUAGGCAAAAAAUUCAGCACUUCUGGCCAAAAGAACAAAACUGCUCACAAAUUGAAGGCUCAAACAAGUAAAAUAGUGUCGAGUUUUAAAGCUCCCCAAUUUGCGUUUGGGUUAAUAAGAGAGUACAUCGGUCAUAAGGAUGGUAUAUGGGAAGUUUCUGUUGCUAGGCCUGGUAUACCAGUCAUUGGUACUGCAUCAGCAGAUCAUACUGCUUGUUUAUGGAGCAUAGACAGUUGCAAAUGCCUAUUGCAAUACCAAGGCCAUACGGGCUCCGUGAAUUCUAUCAGAUUCCAUCCAGCCAAAGAUCUUGUUUUGACCGGCAGCGGAGAUUCUUCUGCUCACAUUUGGCAAGCAGCUCUCAAUUGGGACAUCCCAAAGGGACAUUCUUCCGAGGAAGAACUGGAAAGCGACGAAUUGGACGAAAAAAUCGAAUCGAAUAAAAUUGCCACAUUGCGAACACCUUUUCAAGAAUUAUCGGGACACUCUGGCGCCGUAUCUUCGGCAGAAUGGCUAGCCGGAGCCGAGCAAAUUAUCACGGCCUCUUGGGAUAGAUUAGCUAUUCUACAUGAUGUUGAGACUGGACAAAUUGUUACCACAUUAACAGGGCACGAUCAAGAAUUAAAUCACGCAGCUACGCAUCCUAGCCAAAAAUUGGCAGUUACUUCGUCUAGAGAUACGACAUUUAGAUUGUGGGAUUUUAGAGAGAAUGUCCAUUCAGUGUCUGUGUUUCAAGGACACGCAGAGAGCGUAACUUCGGCUGUCUUCACCCGCGAAGACAAAGUAGUGUCCAGUUCGGACGACAGGAGCGUCAAAGUUUGGGACUUGCGCAACAUGCGGUCGCCAGUAUCAACGAUACGAGUCGAUUCAGCCGUCAAUCGUCUAAGCGUUUCCGUCAACGGUCUAAUAGCCAUACCUCACGAUAAUCGUCACAUCCGCUUAUUCGAUUUAUCCGGGCAGCGAUUGGCCAGAUUGCCUCGAUCUAGCAGACAGGGCCACAAUAGGAUGGUGGCUAGCGUAGCUUGGGCAGAAGACGUAAUUUCCGGUGUCAAUUUGUUUACGGCAGGGUUCGAUAGGAAGGUGCUGGGAUGGUCGGUGCAGUCGAUGAAAGAUUAA